AUGAACGACCUGACCUUCGAGCUGGGCAGAAGGAAACAAGCGGCUUGGGAAGCAUUCAAGAGCAUCGAGGAUGUAGUGAAGAGGACCAACUACAUCCCGCUCCGUGCUCACCUGAUUAACACCACCGUUCUUCCUGCUUUGACCUACGCUUCAGAAGCGUGGGCGUUUUGCAAGCAGGAGGAAAAUGCGAUCAGCGUCAUCAACGCGGAAUUGAAAGCGUGA